AUGAAAGGACAAAACCCAAUUAACCUUGACUGUCUUUCAGUGGCACCAGGCGGUUAUAUAAGAAAUAAAGCAAUGGUGAAUUGCUUUGUCGAGUUACAAAAGCAAAUUGCAAAUUCUGCAUGCCAUGAGAGUGAGCUCUAUAAAUUUAUCGCUUCGGCUCUGCUACUGGACGCCUAUCCGCCUGGGAUGCACCAGAUGAUUUUCGAUGCCCUUUAUCGGGAUCAUUGUCGGGAUGCCUGGGAUGAGGAAAAUUCGGAAGCAUAUUGUGUAAACAUUUCAGAUCAAUUCGUCGAGAGCUUCACUCAAUUGGGACCGAAGAUGACUUCAGCAGCCAUCUGUCGGGAGUCGCUGGUACGGUUCUAUCAUACGUGGGGAGGCUUGCAGUCGACGACAACUUGCUUUUCUUGCAUGUGUCGACCGCCAGAGCAUAUGCUGCCUUACAGACAUGCAAUCUGUGACACUUGCGUUAUACUGUUUGGAGAUGCGAGUACCCAUGCAGAAUACUAUAUCGACUUAUCCGAAUGCCCUAUCUGUGUUCGCCAACUUCCACCAACCAAGCGACCAAUUGUGAUAAGCCUAGAUGGGGGAGGAGUUCGUGGUGUCAUUCAACUAGGGCUCCUACGAGCAGCAGGGGCACUUUCAGCGAUAGAUAUAACCCUGAAUGAAGUAUCCGCAGAGGAGAGUUGCGCUAAAUUUCCCGCUUUUGCUCGGAUGAUUUUUAGACCGUCUCCUAAAUGUGUACCAAAAUCCACAAUACCUCGCAAUAUUACAUGGAUUAAAUGCUUGGCAGGCCUUUUAGCUGACUGCUAG